AUGCUAAAUGAAGUUUUAAAUCAUUUGAAACCAGCUGAUAAUGAAGUAUACAUUGAUAUGACUUUUGGUGCUGGAGGUCAUACUCAGAAAAUUUUAAAAUCAUGCAACUGUAAAAUAAUCACACUAGACAGAGACCCAAACGCAUAUGAAAGGGCCCAGAAACUAUCUGAUAAGUAUCCUAACAGGAUAACACCUUUACUAGGAAGAUUUAGUGAAUUACCUGCUUUGCUUAAAGAGAAGGGUAUUAAACAAUCUUCAGUAGAUGGUAUACUAUUUGAUUUUGGCUGCUCAUCUAUGCAAUUGGAUAAUGGUGAGAGAGGCUUUUCUAUUAGUAAAAAUGGUCUUCUUGACAUGAGAAUGGACGCUGGUCGUGAUCCCAAUCAAAUAACGGCCAGAGAGGUCCUAGCGACGGCCAAUGAACAGGAACUAUACAAGAUAUUUAAGGUAUAUGGGGAAGAGAAGAAGGCUGCAAAAAUUGCCCAAACCAUAAUACAAGCAAGGUAUAUGAUCAAAAAUAUUGACACAACUAAGGAAUUGGUAGAGGUUGUGGAUUCAUGCUGUCCAAAUGAAUUUCGGUUGGAUAAACUACAAAGGCCCCAAUCGAAUGCCACAAAAGUAUUUCAAGCGCUACGUAUAUUUGUUAAUAAUGAACUCAACGAGUUGAAUUAUGGGAUGGUGUUAGCAAAAUAUUACUUGAAGUUGAAUGGUAGGCUAGUAACUAUAUGCUUUCACUCUUUGGAAGACACUAUAGUGAAACGUCAUAUUGCUGGAAAUAUAGUCAAUGAAUCUGCAAAUCCAGUUCCUUUACGAUACCUAAACCCCCUUAUAGUACAAGAUAAGGAUACAAUCAAUCAGUUCUUAGAUACACCAUGGAAAGCAUUGAACAAGCACGUAGAUAUCCCAACUGAUGAUGAAAUAGCUAGUAAUCCAAGAAGUAGAAGUGCAAGAUUAAGAGCAGCAAUAAAAAUCAAGUAG